CCUGCCCCGCUGCCCGCAUCGCGCACCCCCGCGCGUCGUCGUCUACCACACCGUGCAUCACUCACCUCCACGAGGAGCUCCGAGCGGCGGCGAUGGCGAGCGACGGCGCGGCGGCCACGCCGGCGAAGGCGAGCCCGAAGAAGGCCAACCUCCUCGACCCCCACUCCAUCAAGCACCUCCUCGACGAGACCAUCUCCGACGUCGUGAAGAGCAAGGGCUACGCGGAGGACACGCGGCUGGGCAACUGGAAGCUGGCGAUUGGGGCGGCCGUGAUCGCCAUCGCUCUCCUCGCGCAGUUCUACCCGAAGAAGUUCCCUCAGAACCGCGAGUUCCUCCUCGGCUGCAUAGCAUUAUAUGUAGUGUUGAAUGUGGUACUGCUGAUCCUUAGCUACACCAAGGAAAAGGAUGCCAUUAUGUUCACGCACCCUCCUGCGGGUUCUUUCAGUAGCACUGGACUUGUUAUCUCUUCAAAGUUACCAAGGUUCUCAGACAUGUACACUCUCACAAUAGCCAGUGCAGAUCCGCAGUCUAUCUCUGCCAACAAGCCAGUCCAUUUCACUAAGAGUGUUACAAAAUGGUUUACCAAGGAAGGAGUUCUUGUGGAAGGCCUGUUCUGGAAGGAUAUUGAGAGGCUGAUUGAUGACUACAACAGUGAGCGCAAGAGCAAAUGAAUGGGUAGUCCAUGUGACCAUGAGAUGUUAAUUGUCUAGAAAAGAAAACCCUCUUGUGGUAUUCCGUUCUUGGAAGAAAUCUUAGCUUAAUCGAAAUAGACAAAUAGACAUUUUUGUCUCAUACAUUACCGUUUCACUGGUGAAUGAAAUCUUAUCGAAAACA